AUGGCGCAGCACAAUAUACGUGCAUCGGUAGUGCAAACUUGUAGUCAGGCAUAUAACUUGGACGCUACACUUCAGAAACUAGAAGAACUUACUCGUUUGGCGAAAGAUCGCGAUGGCUCGCAGCUUGCCGUAUUUCCAGAGGCCUUUAUUGGAGGUGAUAUCCCUAAAAUGUCCACCUUUGGUGCUGUCGUAGGCCUUAGAGCAGCCCAAGGACGAGACGAGUUUUUACGUUACCACUCUGCGGCCAUCGAAGUCCCUUCUGCUGCGAUCUCUCGGAUAGAAGCUAUCAGCAAAGAAACAGGUGUUUUCCUUGUUGUUGGCGUAAUCGAACGAGAUGGUGGAACGCUGUAUUGCACUGCUGUUUUCAUAGACCCAGAACAAGGUUAUAUCGCCAAGCACCGCAAGCUUGCGCCUACUGCAUCUGAACGGCUGAUUUGGGGUCAGGGAAAUGGUUCCACUCUUUCUGUAGUCGACAAAGAUUUCGGAUCUUCUGGCGGAGUUGCGGUUCCAACCAAGAUCUCGGCGGCAAUAUGCUGGGAGAAUUACAUGCCUUUACGUUCUGCGCUAUUUUUACUAUUCAAAAGAGUCCAGAUCUAUUGCGCACCCACCGUGGAUGCCCGACCUGUUUGGCAGAAUUCCAUGAUUCACAUCGCUCUUGAGGGGCGUUGUUUCGUUCUUGCGGCGUGUCAAUAUGCAGAAGAGAAGGAUUACCCUGUUGAUCACGCGGUUGCAGAUGUUUCAGCACGUAACCCUCAGAAUAUUAUGAUUGCCGGAGGGAGCGUCAUUGUCAACCCUUUGGGUGAGGUGUUAGCUGGUCCAUUACUCAAAGGAGAGGGCGUCUUGACCGCCACUUUGGACUUGGAUGAUUGUGUCCGUGGUAAAUUUGACUUAGACGUCGUUGGACACUAUGCUCGUCCGGACGGUAAGUUGCUGGAAUGUAGGUGA